CCAAACAAAAAAAAGGAAGCAGGUGCUGCCGAUAUAUCGAUUGAUCGAUCAUGGCGGCGGCCGUGGCCAAUAUCGGCAUGGAGUGGCUCCAAGACCCUCUGAGCUGGGUGUUCCUGGGCACGGUGUGCUUGGUGGUCCUGCAGCAGCUGCGACGUCGGCGGGGCAAAGCGCCGCUUCCGCCUGGGCCGAAGCCGCUGCCGAUCGUAGGCAACAUGGGGAUGAUGGACCAGCUGACGCACCGCGGGCUGGCGGCGCUGGCGGAGACGUACGGCGGGCUGCUGCACCUCCGGCUGGGGCGGCUGCACGCGUUCGCGGUGUCGACGCCCGAGUACGCGCGCGAGGUGCUGCAGGCGCAGGACGGCGCGUUCUCGAACCGGCCUGCGACCGCGGCCAUCGCGUACCUGACGUACGACCGCGCGGACAUGGCGUUCGCGCACUACGGGCCCUUCUGGCGGCAGAUGCGCAAGCUGUGCGUGAUGAAGCUGUUCAGCCGGCGGCGCGCCGAGACGUGGGCGGCCGUGCGCGACGAGUGCGCGGCGCUGGUCCGGGCCGUGGCCGUGGGCGGCGGGAGCGGGGGCGAGGCCGUGAACCUGGGCGAGCUCAUCUUCAGCCUGACGAAGAACGUGACGUUCCGCGCGGCGUUCGGCACCCGCGACGGCGAGGGCCAGGAGGAGUUCAUCGCCAUCCUGCAGGAGUUCUCCAAGCUGUUCGGCGCCUUCAACGUGGGCGACUUCCUACCGUGGCUGGGCUGGAUGGACCUGCAGGGCAUCAACCGGCGCCUGCGCGCCGCCCGCUCCGCGCUGGACCGGUUCAUCGACAAGAUCAUCGACGAGCACGUGAGGCGCGGGAAGAGCCCCGACGACGCCGACGCCGACAUGGUCGACGACAUGCUCGCGUUCUUCGUCGAGGCCACGCCCGGCAAGGCGACGGGCGCCGCCGCCGCUGCUGACGGCGGCGACGACCUGCACAACACCCUCCGGCUCACGCGCGACAACAUCAAGGCCAUCAUCAUGGACGUGAUGUUCGGCGGGACGGAGACGGUGGCGUCGGCGAUCGAGUGGGCCAUGGCGGAGAUGAUGCACAGCCCCGACGACCUGCGCCGGGUGCAGCAGGAGCUCGCCGACGUCGUGGGCCUCGACCGCAACGUGAGCGAGUCGGACCUGGACAGGCUCCCCUUCCUCAGGUGCGUCAUCAAGGAGACGCUCCGGCUGCACCCGCCCAUCCCGCUGCUCCUCCACGAGACCGCCGACGACUGCGUCGUGGCCGGGUACUCCGUGCCCAGGGGCUCCCGCGUCAUGGUCAACGUCUGGGCCAUCGGCCGCCACCGCGCCUCGUGGAAGGACGCCGACGCGUUCCGCCCGUCGCGGUUCGCGGCGCCCGAGGGGGAGGCCGCGGGGCUCGACUUCAAGGGCGGGUGCUUCGAGUUCCUGCCGUUCGGGUCGGGCCGCCGGUCCUGCCCCGGGAUGGCGCUCGGCCUGUACGCGCUGGAGCUCGCCGUCGCCCAGCUCGCGCACGCCUUCAACUGGUCGCUGCCCGACGGAAUGAAGCCCUCGGAGAUGGACAUGGGCGACAUCUUCGGCCUUACCGCGCCGCGCGCCACGCGGCUCUACGCCGUGCCUACGCCCCGGCUCAACUGCCCCUUGUACUGACGCCCUGCACGUGGCGCGCGGGGACUGCCAUUACGCAUGCAUGCGUUUGGACUUUGGUGUUCAUCCCUGGGGUGGGGCCGCCGUGGGGGAAGUUAGGAGUUUGGUGGCUUUCUAGCUCUGUCUUCUUGUAUUCUGUUUAUUAUAAAUUUUCCCAACCCUUCCAUGCCUGAUCGAUGUGCGGUAAUAAUUGUUAGAAAAUGUGACAUUUUGUAUGUAAUCAAUCUAUGGGGUGCAAUUGUUAUCUCGUCAAAGGACACACCACUCGACUUGCACCCCUUCAUGUAUAUAUAUACAUACACGAACAUCCCCUGCAAUAAAGAAAUCGCUGUCACUUUCUUUCG